AUGACUCCUUCAGCAGACGCACCAGCGGCGCCCGAGACCGCAAACCCCGCGAUCCUGAGCCUCCGCAAAUCGCUCUGCUCCGAGGCGACGCCCCUCGCCGUGCGGUUCCGCGCGCUCUUCUCGCUCAAGCACCUGGCGCAGCAGCCGCAGUCGGCGGCGGCGGACGCCCUGGCCGCGGUGGAGGCGAUCGCGGCGGCGUUUACGUCGCCGUCGGCGCUGCUCAAGCACGAGCUAGCGUACUGCCUCGGGCAGACGGGGAGGGUCUCCGAGGCGGCGCCGCACCUGCGGCGCGUGCUCGAGGACAUGCAGGAGGACCCCAUGUGCCGGCACGAGGCGGCCGAGGCGCUGGCCGCGCUGGGGGACGCGGGGAGCUUGGAGCUGCUGAGGCGGUUCAGGGACGCCGAGGGGGAGGAGGUGGUUGUGCGGGAGACGUGCGAGAUUGCGGUUGACCGGAUCGAGUGGGAGAACUCGGAGGAGAGGAAGCGGGAGAAGUUGAGGCAGAGUGAUUUCGCUUCCGUCGAUCCUGCCCCCCCGAUGCCCGACACACAGAAAACCGUGGAGGAGCUGGGUGCUACCCUGAUGGACACCAAACUCCCCCUCUUCUUGCGGUACCGAUCAAUGUUUGCCCUCCGCGACCUCGCGUCCCCGCCCGACCUCCCGACCGCCGUACCGGCCGUCCUCGCCCUCGCCAAUGGCUUCGCCGACUCCUCGGCCCUCUUCCGCCACGAGAUCGCCUUCGUCUUCGGCCAGCUCUCGCAUCCCGCCUCGAUCCCGGCCCUCGCAGCCGCGCUGGGCGACCUGGAGGAGGCUAGCAUGGUCAGACACGAGGCCGCCGAGGCACUAGGCAGCCUCGGCGAGGAAGAGGGUGUUGAGGACAUCCUGAAGGGCUUCUUGCAUGACAAGGAGCAGGUGGUUCGGGAGAGCGUCAUCGUAGCACUAGACAUGGCUGAGUAUGAGAAGGGCGGGGAGGCGGAGUAUGCCCUGAUCCCAGAGGUUGCGGGCACAGCGUGA